UGUGUGAAAGUGUCCGUGUAUGUGUGUGCAUGAUGGGGUUACAAAUAAGACAGAGAAGCAGAUGGGUAUAUUUAUACCUCCACUGAUUAGCAGACAGGUUGCAGCUCCCGCAAACAUGGUGGUUCAAUGCAACAGAGGAAAAAGAAAAGACUGAGACUCUGCUUGGAUUUUUUUGGGCUCCAGGAAGACCAAAACCACACCCAGGCAGUUCAGUUUGGGCAGAACCUGAAACUGCUGGCACUGACCACAGUACAAGUACAAGAAAAGCUCUGAAUAUACCACAGUGAACAACUGCAGACGAGAGUGAGAGAUCAGACAAAAAUACAGGAUAUCGGAAAUCUGACGAGACAAAGGAAAGUCGUCAUGCCAAGUUCAGGAGGAGCAGAUCCAAAGGGAGAAGAUUUCUCCACGGCCAUCCUGAAGGAAAAACACAGACCUAACAGACUCGUUGUGGAUGAGGCUCUCAAUGAAGACAGCAGCAUUGUCAGCCUGUCACAGAAUAAGACAGAAGAGUUGCAGCUCUUCCGGGGGGACACAGUGGUGCUGAGGGGGAGGAAGCGUCGCCAAACUGUUUGCAUUGUCCUGACUGACGACACCUGCAGGGAUGAACGAAUCCGCAUGAAUCGCGUGACGAGGAACAACCUGCGUGUACGGCUUGGUGACGUCAUCAGUAUUCACGCCUGCCCUGAUAUCAAGUAUGGGAAAAAGAUCCACAUCCUCCCUAUAGAUGACACCAUUGAGGGCCUGACAGGAAACCUCUUUGAGGUUUUUCUCAAACCGUAUUUUCUGGAAGCGUACCGGCCCAUACAUAAAGAUGACAUCUUCUUGGUGAGGGGGAGCAUGCGGGCAGUGGAGUUCAAGGUGAUGGAAACCGAGCCGAGCCCUCACUGCAUCGUUGCCCCGGAAACUGUCAUCUACUGUGAGGGAGAGCCAAUCAAAAGAGAGGACGAGGAGGAGAGUCUUAAUGAUAUAGGCUACGACGACAUCGGAGGCUGCCGGAAGCAGCUGGCUCAGAUCAAAGAGAUGGUGGAGCUUCCUCUCAGACACCCCGGUCUCUUCAAAGCUAUAGGAGUCAAGCCCCCCAGAGGGAUCCUGCUGUACGGCCCUGCAGGCACAGGGAAGACCCUGGUGGCCCGAGCUGUAGCCAACGAAACUGGAGCCUUCUUCUUUCUCAUCAAUGGUCCUGAGAUCAUGAGUAAGCUGGCAGGCGAGUCAGAGAGCAACCUAAGAAAGGCUUUUGAGGAGGCGGAGAAAAACGCUCCGGCCAUCAUCUUUAUUGAUGAGCUGGAUGCCAUCGCUCCCAAGAGAGAGAAGACCCAUGGUGAAGUGGAGAGGCGUAUAGUCUCCCAGCUGUUGACCCUGAUGGAUGGCCUGAAGCAAAGAGCUCAUGUGGUUGUCAUGGCAGCCACAAACCGACCAAACAGCGUGGACUCUGCUCUGAGACGCUUUGGCAGGUUUGACCGGGAGAUUGACAUUGGAAUCCCGGAUUCGACUGGCAGAUUGGAAAUCCUGCAGAUUCACACCAAAAACAUGAAACUAUCUGACGAUGUUGACCUGGAGAAGAUCGCCACAGAGACCCACGGUCACGUGGGCGCCGAUCUGGCUGCUCUGUGCUCAGAAGCUGCUCUGCAAGCUAUCCGCAAGAAGAUGACCCUCAUAGACCUGGAAGACGAAUCCAUUGACGCUGACCUGCUCAACUCCUUGGCUGUCACCAUGGAUGACUUCCAAUGGGCGCUGAGUCAGAGCAACCCAUCCGCUCUGAGAGAGACCAUUGCAGAGGUGCCUCAGGUGAACUGGCAGGACAUCGGAGGACUAGACGAGGUCAAGAGAGAACUUCAAGAGCUUGUCCAGUACCCUGUUGAGUAUCCAGACAAGUUCCUCAAGUUUGGUAUGACUCCAUCCCGUGGGGUGCUGUUCUAUGGCCCUCCUGGCUGUGGUAAGACCCUACUAGCUAAGGCCAUCGCCAAUGAGUGCCAAGCAAACUUUGUCUCCAUCAAAGGUCCUGAGAUGCUCACCAUGUGGUUUGGAGAAUCAGAGGCCAAUGUCAGAGAUGUGUUUGAUAAGGCCAGACAGGCAGCGCCCUGUAUCUUGUUUUUCGAUGAGCUAGACUCCAUCGCCAAGUCCAGAGGUGGUGGAGCUGGGGAUGCAGGUGGUGCAGCUGACAGAGUCAUAAACCAGAUACUCACUGAGAUGGAUGGCAUGUCAGACAAAAAGAAUGUUUUCAUUAUUGGUGCCACAAACAGACCAGACAUCAUAGAUGCUGCCAUCCUGCGGCCGGGCCGUUUAGACCAGCUCAUCUACAUCCCGCUCCCAGACAAACCAUCUCGCACAGCAAUCCUAAAAGCUAACCUACGCAAGUCUCCCGUGGCGCAAGAUGUGGAUCUUGAAUACCUGUCUGGCAUCACAGAGGGCUUCUCCGGAGCUGACCUGACAGAGAUCUGCCAGAGGGCUUGUAAGCUGGCCAUUCGUGAGGCCAUUGAGGCCGAGAUCAAGGCUGAACGUCAGAGGCAGAACAGACCAGGCAUCCCCAUGGAUGAAGACUUUGAUCCAGUUCCAGAGAUCAGGAAAGACCACUUUGAAGAGGCAAUGCGAUAUGCGCGCCGCUCUGUCAGUGACAAUGACAUCCGCAAAUAUGAAAUGUUUGCUCAAACUCUGCAGCAGAGCCGAGGUUUUGGGAACUUCAGGUUCCCUUCUGCUACUGGUACCCAAUCUGGAAGUCAGGGAUCAGGUUCUGGAUCAGGGAGGCCAAACCUGUACGGAGAAGAAAACAAUGAUGAUCUCUAUCACUGACACAAACUCACAGUUGAACAGCUGCACAAGGCUUUCUUCUUCCACUGCUGUGCUUGGCUUCCUGGGAGGAAUGAAAUCAGAGGAAUAAUAGGAUUGGAAAUGGCAAAAUACAAAGGGAGACAUGGAGGCAUAACUGUAAUGAUAAUUAUAAGGAAUCUUUUAAGACUUUAAAAAACACAUGAAGUAACAGGAGCAAUCAGAUGAGAAAAUGUCAUAAACGCAAUUUAUAUUUUAGUAUUGAAUUGUUUCAGUGUAAAACCAAUACACUUGUAAAAUACUGACAAUGACAUAAAAAUAAAUAAAUGCGUCAACCAUAAUAACAUCAAAUCACUUCCCACACUGUAAUCUGUUUACACGUGAGUAUUCUUUAAGUUGUGAAUGUGUGAAUUUAAACAUUUAAUUUUUUUUUUUAAUUUUUCAUUUUUAUGCCUCUGUGAUCUCUUUGACAAGGUUUAUCUUGGAGUCCUGAAUGUAUUUUUUGUAUACGUUUCAUUUAGGAGUACAGUUUAGAGUCUGAUUGAAUAAAAUUGAGCCAUUUUAAUGUUAUUAAUAACACUGUGCUUUUCCUGCCAUGACAAGUCAAAAUAUCUGUUAUAAAAGGGCAGUUUGAUUGAACAGAGUAAAAUAUGCAUCAUGCACUCACAUUAAAAACUGAGCAAUUAUGGUGUCAAAA